AUGGUUAAUUUGCCAUUCAAAUCUGAUUUCAAUCCAAGAUUUGGAAAUUCCUUCCGGGUCGCAUUCAAUCGUCUUCAAUCAAUGGAAAAAAGAUUUCUACAUGAUUCUGAGCUAAAAACACAAUAUGUUCGUUUCUUAAAUGAAUACAUUUCGUUGGGUCAUAUGGAAGAAAUAUCCUCCAAAGAAAUAAAUAAUUUGGCCAUCAACUCCUACUAUCUACCCCACCACGCUGUAUUCAAGGCUGAUAGUAGUACCACGAAGGUGAGGGUAGUAUUUGAUGGCUCGGCAAAAUCGUCAAGUGAUUCAAAUUCUUUAAAUGAAUACCUUUUCGUUGGUCCUGAUAUCCAACGUUACAUCUUUACAAUAUGUCUACGUUCUCGUCACCACACUUAUACAAUGUCUGCAGACAUAGAAAAGAUGUACCGGCAAAUCUGGAUCUCGCCAAACCACACAAACUUUCAAGGGGUUCUAUGGCGGGAAAAACCUGAAUCUUCAAUAAAACAAUAUAGGCUUUUAACCGUAACGUACGGCACUUCAGCUGCUUCAUUUUUAGCAAAACGCGCGCUUAAGCAAUUGACCUUAGACUCAGCUAAAACACAUCCUCGAGUGUCUUCAAUAAUCUUCAGUGACUUGUAG